GAGAGCGUGUGCGCGCACUACGCAACCCCCCUCGGCGCAUCCUCGGUCAGUCGCCCGUCUUCUCCGUCGCCUCCCCUUUCAACUCGCGCCGCAUCUGCGAUUCGAUUCUUAUCCAUUCCCCUCGGCUCUUUCAACUCUUCCGUUCGAAUUCCUCCGCUCAGCCGAAUCGAUCCGGAGCAGCACCGUCCUCGUGCGGAGGCUCGGGGGGGGAAUCCGAAAUCGAAGCCCCUAAGGAUCGACAGCCGUCCCGCUUCGUUCCGCAGUCGGAGUUGAGAAACAUCAUCAGGGCCGUAGAAUUUGUAGUUCGCUCGGUCACGAAACGAAAGCCCUACCUGCGGUUGAGGAAGAUCGGAACUUGGCUAGUAUCGAAGCGAGUUCGUUUCGGAUUGAUCGGACCCCUUUUGCUGCCUGGGCUCCUCGCUGUAUGAACAGCGCGUAGCGGAGAGGAAUUUGGGUCGCCGUCUUCGAUCUCUGGGCUUCAGUAAAUGUCCGUGGAGAGACCGUUCGAAGCAUGGGAGGAGGUGCAGCGGCACGGUCAGGACCUAGCCGACCGCCUCGCGCAGGGCUUCACGGGCCUGAUCCAAUCCCACAUGACCCCUCCUUCCUUCUCGUGGCCGAACCCCGCGCAAGCCAAGCUCUUCGACCUGGAGAUACUGCCCGCGCAGAGCUUCGUGAUGGCCGACUUCAAGUUGGCGACGGAGAAGUUCAAUUCCCCUGGAAUCGAGGGCGUCUCCGCGAUUUUCGACAUCGGGAACAGGAUCGGGCAGGCCGGGUUGGAUUUCGGGAACUGCUUGAACGGGUUCUUGCAGCAGUUCUUCCGGAGCUUGCCCGGGCCCUUCCGACAGGAGGACCACGCGGCUGCGGCCUCGAUUCGUGCGGAUUUGGGAAUGAGAAGGGAGAGAGGUGAUUUGAGUGCCAGUUUACAUGAAGAGGUGGGUGCAUUGAGCGAACGCUUGAGGGAUUUCGGGUUUGCAGAGAAUGAUGGGAGAGUUGAGGGAUCGGCAGAUGAGGAAGUCGCUGGUUUCAAUAAUCUCAGAGCUGCGGGGCAUCUUGGUAGACCUCAGGGAACAGUGAAUAUUACAUCAACUUAUGAUAGCCGGACGCGUGAUGUAGAGAGUUCUUUGGUUGCACGGGGGGAUUUGUGGAGAGUGGAGGCUUCGCAGGGGAGUUCCACAUCAGGGAGUGACAGUUCAUCUCUUUUCCUUGUACAGCUCGGACCAGUACUUUUUGUUCGUGAUUCUACACUACUCCUGCCCAUUCAUUUAUCAAAGCAACACUUGCUUUGGUAUGGUUAUGAUAGGAAGAAUGGGAUCCAUUCCCUUUGUCCCGCCGUUUGGUCAAAGCAUCGGAGGUGGCUCUUGAUGUCAAUGCUCUGCCUUAAUCCUCUGGCUUGUUCAUUCAUGGAUUUGCAAUUUCCAAAUGGCCAGCUCACCUAUGUAUCUGGUGAGGGGCUCACAACAAGUGCUUUUGUACCUGUUUGUGGCGGACUUCUUCAGGCUGAGGGUCAAUACCCAGGAGAGAUGAGAUUCAGCUUCUCUUGUAAGAACAAAUGGGGUACACGUGUCACACCAAUGGUUCAAUGGCCUGAUAAAUCCUUUAGUUUGGGUCUUGCACAAUCCUUGGCUUGGCAAAGAUCUGGAAUCAUGUACAGGCCAACCAUUCAGCUCAGUGUGUGCCCUACUUUUGGUGGAAGCACCCCAGGUUUGCACGCAGAAGUCAGUCAUUCGGUGAAGGAGCAGCUAAGUUUGAUAUGUGGUUGUGCAUGUACAACACAUCCUUCGGCAUUUGCAUCCGUAUCUAUUGGGAGAUCUAAGUGGAAUGGGAACGUUGGAAGCUCAGGAGUAGUUGUCAGAGUGGAGGCGCCGCUCUCCACUGUCGGUAGACCUUCUUUCUCCGUUCAGAUAAACAGUGGUGUUGAGUUUUGACUGCAUCACAACCUUAAUUUGCAGUUGGAAGUGUAUAUAGUGUUACGCAUGUUAGCACAGGAUACCAUGUGAAUAUUUCCCCACUUUUGAGGCAAUGGAUGAGUUUUUAUUUGUCCGCA